CCAACUGUGCGACAAGUUAUCUCUCGGGCUGAUUCCAAUAAUAACAUACUAAUCAGGUGGAGAAAAAAUCAAAUAAAAGAAUUAGGUGAAGAAGGAUUUCAUAACAGUAUAAAAGGUAAAUUAAUCGCUAUUCUGGAUUUUCAUAACACUAUAUGCAGAUAUAUGAGAGGGGAGAAAAAUAUUGAAAUUGCAGAAGAUAUACAAGGACUAUGGAAUAGCAUCAAACAUGUAUUAGAAUCUUUUGAAGAAGAUGACAUCAAAUGUUUGGAAGGCUCUGUUGAACAUCCUCUACUACAUUAUGUAGGAGGAUAUGAUUGUAUAGCUGUCUAUAGAAAAACCCUGUGUAUUAUAGAAUGGAAAUCCUCAAAAAAACCAAAACCUUUUUUAUCAACUACAAGGAACUAUCCUGUACAAGCAGCUGCCUAUAUAGGUGCAGUUAACGCAAGUUUUGAUACUGAAUUAAAAAAGUUGGGUCCUGUUACAAAUGCUAUGGUUGUUGUUGCCUAUCCCUUUGGUCAGCCAGCUCAUGCUCAUUAUUUAACUGAUAAGAUGGUAGACUUAUAUUGGAACCGAUGGUUACAAAUGCUGUAUACUUAUUGGUCUUGUCACCAAUCCAAGCAGAAUCUUAUUUAA